AUGUAAGAAGAUAUUUUCGCAAUUAUCAAAAUGAAUUGAACAGAAGUUCGAGAUAAAAUGUAGAUUGUAAGACGGUAUAAUAUUAUUUAUACGGAUUGUUUGAAUAAUCGAUGUGACGACGAAUUAAAUAAAAAUUUCGAGCUUAUAUUUUUAUUGGAUUGUGAAUGUUGUAUCAGUUGUCUUCACUUCACAGUCUGUUCUUCUUUGCAAAAAAAAAUGAAAUUCGUAGUUUUAUUGUGUGUAUUUAUUGCCACAUGGGUAUCCACAACAAUGGCGGGAUUUGAAAUAUCGUGUUUUUGUAGAAAACAUGAUGACGACCCAAUGGUCACACCUGGGGUAGCAUUUUUAUAUGGUAUAGAAAAACCCAAGGUUUUAAUUCCAAUACUGGAUGCUGAAAAUUCUCAAAUGGAAUAUCCAUGGAUGAGCUUUUUAACAGAAUGUUCUGACGUACCCAGCGAUGCCGUUCAAUCGCAAAUAAGGAAUGGACCUCUUGUUAGAGGAAUUCAGCAUAAUUUAUCCCCAUAUCCAGAUCUAAAAGCCAUAAUUGUAGAGAUAAAUAAAAUGAAUAAAGCCUUUGGAAAAGUUGUAAAAAAGUAUAAGAGUUUUGCGAAGGAUAAAGAUUUCAUUUAUGGUAUGAAAAAUCGAUUGAAAGAAAAUUUUAAUGACGCGAGUUUUCGAAAUGACUAUGACAAAAAAGAAAUCAUAAGAUUGAUCUGCCGUGACUUGCACUCAAUGUUGAUAACAAUGAACGCACUCAAAAAAUAAUAAAUAAUACAUUUAUUAAGACAAAAAAUUAAAUACCUAUAAACUAUAGCAGAGAAAUUGAAUUAACUUUUAUAUAAUAAAAAUUCAAGUGAAAGCUAAACCAAGCUAUGAAAUUUGAAAGUAACAUUGAAGUAA